GUCGUUUAAUGUAAUACGUAUAUUUGCUGUAAAUGUUAAAAGGAAAUGAAUAAGUUUAUUAAAUUAUAGUUGAUUUUAUUAAUGAAAUAUACGAAAAACAAGAGACCAUGUGCUUAUUAAAAUGAGUAGAUUGUAAUCAAUCAAGGACGAUGAAGGCGUUUAAACUUAUAGUUCACCAAAACAGCUUCAGUCCCGUGGAUUUAAUAAUCAGUUUAAAAGAUUAUCCUGGACUGAAAGAGAAAGAUAUUGUGGAAAUAUACCACCCUGAAAAUGACUAUCCGCGGCUGCUGCUACAAGUUGUCAAGGAUGCCCCAGGGAGAGGCAGAGAUACCAUCAGUGUCGAGCAAAGCAUCGCCACCACAUUCCAACUGCGCACAUUUGCCGACGUCUACGUAAACAUCGUGAAUGUGCCAGAUGUCGCCCUGGACUCUGUGGAGCUUACCUUCAAGGACCAGUACAUGGGACGCUCGGAGAUGUGGAGACUUAAGAAUCACUUGGUCAGUACAUGCGUGUACCUCAACAAAAAGAUCGAAUACUGCGGUGGUGCUAUCAGAUGUCAGGUCUACGAGAUGUGGUCUCAAGGAGACCGUGUGGCUUGCGGGGUGAUCACUGAAGACACGAAGAUCGUCUUCCGAUCCUCAACCUCCAUGGUGUAUUUGUUCAUACAGAUGUCCUCAGAGAUGUGGGACUUUGAUAUUCACGGAGACUUGUACUUUGAGAAGGCUGUGAAUGGAUUUCUGGCGGAGCUUUUUACUAAGUGGAAGAAAAACGGCAGCAACCAUGAAGUGACAAUAGUGCUAUUUUCAAGAACAUUCUACAAGGCUAAAUCUUUGGAAGAAUUUCCGCCACAUAUGAAAGAGUGCUUGCAGAAAGACUACCGGGGAAGGUUUUACGAAGACUUCUAUAGAGUGGCAGUUCAAAAUGAGCGUUACGAGGACUGGUCGAAUGUGCUGCUGCAACUAAGGAGGUUGUUCACCGACUACCAGAAAAUAGUUCUCCAAUAUCACGAGCGGCCUAACAUGGAGAUCCCAACAGCUAUCAACUCUACUGCGGCGCAGGGAAACUUCCUUGAAGUCCUCAAUAUGAGCUUGAACGUAUUCGAAAAACACUACCUAGACAGAUGUUUCGACCGAACCGGCCAGCUCAGCGUAGUCAUUACCCCCGGCGUCGGCGUUUUCGAAGUAGACAGAGAACUCACAAACGUCACCAAACAACGAAUCAUAGACAACGGAGUGGGCAGCGACUUGGUUUGCGUCGGCGAACAACCUCUACAUGCUGUCCCACUCUUAAAGUUUCAUAACAAAGACAAUAACCUCAACUCUAUAGACGACUACUCUAUGCCCCAUUGGAUCAACUUAUCAUUUUACUCCACAAACAAAAAAGUUGCAUACUCAAACUUCAUUCCGAGAAUCAAAUUACCGCCUCGCAAAAGUCAAGAGCCGCUCAAGAAAAUGUACGAAGAUGAACGAAAAGGCAAGCUGUUAAAGGAGGAUGAAUAUAUGCACAAUUCUAUAUUUGAUUAUGAUGCGUAUGACGCGCAAGUGUUUCAACUGCCGCCGGCGCAUAGCACUUGUGUACAGCGAGUUGCUCGAACUAAGAAGACCUCGGUAGCUGGCCUAGAAGGUUUGAGGAGGAGCCCACCUGCGUCCAUUACGCACAGGAAAAUGUCCGACCCUGACAUCCACCACAGCCUUGGAGAUAUUCUGUCUACGGGAAUCAAACGCUGCGAUUCGGGUUGCGACACACCGGAUUCGCCCACCGGCGCUCGGCUAUCUCCAAGGAGUUCUAUCUCAACCAACAAGCCUGUCAUAAGGACGGGACGGGCGCUGAUCAACCCCUUCGAUCCGUCACAUGUCACUGUCAAACUGACCAGUAAUAGACGACGGUGGACUCAUAUAUUCCCUAAAGGUCCAACUGGUGUACUAAUACAGCAGCAUCACUACCAAGCGAGACCGGCCGGCGAACCUCCGGAGCGACGGGAAAGCCACAGAGAAAACUUGCCUAAGGAAAAUGGGUCGCCUAUGAUCAAUAAUAAUCAUCCUAUGUACCAGGUUGAUGGCAACAUAAUAUCUCAAAGCCGCAAACGUAUGAUCAGCGCAUCAGGUGCCCUGAACAUUCUGGGCACUGUAUUAGGCCCGCCGUCCACCAACAACGCUUCCUUGGCCUUGUUAUGGGGCGCUACUGGCGAGCAGGAGUGGACGCCCGCCCUUACUACAGCGAACCGAGCCAUAGGCGUGGACUGGAAAUCCCUCACCAUCCCAGCUUGCCUGCCCAUCACCACAGAUUACUUCCCGGACAAGCGCUCUCUUCAGAACGACUACCUUGUGUCAGACUAUAACUUACUACCUGAUGAUGUGAAUGCGGAUUUCGCUCAAAACAGGGCCAUUUACAAGGAACCGUUGACAACUAUGGAGGUUUUUAAGGAGUUGGUGUCGCAGAGGCUUGCUCAGGGCUUCCAACUGAUAGUGGGUGUGAGCGAGAGUGACGUCAUCGAAGCACAUUGUCCGUCGACGCCAGCACCACCGCCCUCCAAGGUAGCACCACAACACAGCAAACCGGUCAACCAGGCGCCAACAAAGAGGUUCCUGCUGUCCAUCGGCAGGAUAUUCCACAAGCUGACCCUAGUUGGCUCCACCAUCACAGUCACGAGAUAUCGACCGAGACAUCCAUACCCCCCGUUCAACAUCCACUACCGGUACCGGUUCCACGCGCCCAACCACGACACGUACGAGGUGUCGUGGGUGUCGUUCACCACGGAGAAGCUGGAGAACUACAACUGGAACUACAUGGACCACUACAUCUGCACGCGCGGCGACACCGACUUCGCGCUUGUCGAGGCUCUCAAAUACUGGCGGUUCCGCACCCUCCUACUGCCUCUUCACAGCCCAGCCACCAAGCAAAUCCUGGACGACGAGUCCACUCAUUGCGACAUUUACCCCACGCCCACACGCCAAGACUUAGACCAACUCACCGACGGCUUCCUUAAAAUGACUGAGUCCUACUUCAAUAAGGUCAAAAGACCUAAUAAGCAGAGGAUGGCGCUCGGCGGCUGCGACAGCGCGCUCACGCGGCGGCGCCACUCGACGUCUAUCCUCAGGCCCAGCGCUCAGGGCGGAGUGAGCUCGCCGUUCCGCGAGCGCGUCGGCAGCACCCGGCUCCCGGACCGGCCGCGGCUGCGCGUCGAGGCUAUGGCGGCGGCGAAAACGGUUUUAGAGAGGACUCAGUCACAAACGGGCGAAUCGGACGACACAUACGAUGAAAGCGUGGCGGAACCGAAGCUAAAAUCAACAGCAUCACUAGCGGACAUCGUGGAGCGAAUGCGGCAUCCACAGCUGGGAGUUGGCUUCCUACAGCAGACCGUGAGCCUGCCGUCUCACGCCUUCGUUUCCAUAUACGCUAUACACUGGCUCCAGGCGAAUGUUGAAGGAGUUACUUAUGAGAAGGCCACGCAUAUCAUGGAGAAAAUGUUACAAGAGAAAAUGAUAUGCCACGCCUCCGGCGACACGGCCAAGCGUUUUGUCGUUGGGUAUUAUAUGUAUCACAUCCUACCUCAGAAGAAAGACAAAGAUCCAACCGACUACGUCCGCCCUCUCGGCGACCUCCAAAGCUUCGAGAACGAAUGGAUGGAAGUAGAAGUCCUCGGCCCAAGAUCACCGCUAGUCCCUCACGAGUCCAGCUCAGGAGCCUUAGACAUUUCCGGCUGCAGUCCGCAAACGGACCUCACCGGCGUGCCCGCCUUCCUGUGCGACAACAUCGACCCCGACUAUAUGCACUGCGACAACGAUAACGACAUGCCACUCUACAAGAACACACAUCUCGACAUCGAUGUGAACAACAAGAGUGACCGGAUAGAAUGGGGCCACGCUCGGUACCAAGCUACAUUCCGACCAGACCAGGCUUACGAGAUGUGUAUACAGUGGGCCGUUGCGUCAGGAAACAUUGUUGCUGAACUGAUCUUUGGCUGGGCUCGCAAAGCACAGAACUGCCGGCUACAGAUGGUCCCAAUCCCGGCGGAUCCUCUCGCCUUGCCCUUCACACUCAAAUCGGAUCCUCUGCGCGGACCAAUCUACGUACCGCUCAACGAGGAACCGCUGCUUAGGAACAAAAACGCGCUUUUUGAAGGUUUUCCCGAAGAAUCUUGGCUCGAGCGCCUAUUCCUCUUCCAAGAAGCCAUAGUUGGCCGUUUCGGCUUCAUAAAGUGCACGGUGGAAAGCACGUCGCACGCGGCCGGCGUGGGCGACCAUUUGUACGUGCACGUGACGGGAAACAUGUUCAUACUGAUCAUCACCACGGUCAAGAGUGAACACAAAGCGAAAGGCCCGCGCCCUGCAAACAAGCCGCUCAACGCUAGCAGGUAUCCCGUGCAUUUAGAAGCGGCGCCCAGCCCACACGAGGCCUACAUUACACGUCACGUCAGUGGGAAGAACAAAGAUGACUAUGAUAACAGUCGACGAAUGGGAUUCCUAUGGUCCUGGAAUCACAUGAUAUCAAAGAAGUGGAAGUUAUCUCAGUACCCAGCGACCGGAGACGAGGCCUUCCAAACGCGAAUGCUGCGAGACUUCAAACACUUCUGUGCCAACCAGGAGCAGCGACUCAGCCAGUUUUGGGAUCAGUGCUGGGAGCUUCAGGAGAAAGCCCAUGGAAUUGAACUAGAAUAAUUAUUUUUAAUAUGGAAACCAAAAAUAUUUAACUGUUAAUUAUAAGCAUUUUUUACGUUA